ACUUCCGUUAUCAGAAUCAUAAUGCCUUUUAUUGUGGUUGCAUGGAAACAACGAAAUUGAACGGCAAUUUCGAUGAUAAAGUAGUAGUCACCUUCAUACCAAACCAGUUUUUCCACCGAUAUGGAAAUAUAAUUACAGUUGGAAGAGAUUUUAAUAACUUUUUUAUGUCAUUGAAAUAUUAUGUGGGCUCUACCGAGGAUGUCGUUGUGGUAUGUGCAGCCCUUUGAGACACUUGUGAUUUAGGGCUAUAUAAAUUAUCAUUGAUUGAUUGAAAUUUCGGGAAGAGUGAUGUCACGACUGGCCAAGAAAUCGCAAGCUGUUUGCACGGACCUGCCUUUGGACACAAGUGACUUCUUGGACAAAGUUCAUCUUCUGGGUCAGCUUCUCAGGUCUUGUUUUGGUCCUUCGGGGAGACUCAAACACAUCCGCAACAACAUCGGAGGGCAAGUUGUGACCACGUCGACGUCGUCGCUUCUUCUUGCAUCCAUUUCCUCAUCACACCCGCUCCUAAAUCUCAUUUUAGCCUCCGUCCGCAAUCACGUCUGUCGUUUCAGUGACUGCGGGUUGUUCGCAGCCAUAGUUUGUGUGGCUCUCCUUGAAGGAGUCAAACGGCUUGACCUUAAGGGAAAGGUGACCACCGGUGUGUACAAACACCUGUUGGGUCUGUGCAUUAGUUACCUCCAACGAGAAGACUGCGGCUGUAAAGUGAGGCUCGAUUUUUGCAGCGGCGAUGACUUGAUGAGGUUGGCUCGCAGUGUUCUCUGCAGCAAACCAGCCUGCAGGCUAACUAAGCAUGAAGCCCUUCACAUCAGCAGGUUGGUAGUGCAAGCAUUUUUACUCACAGUACCUUCCCACAGCAAUGGCGUGGUGACUCUAGGCACGACCCUGAUUGUGUCCAUUGAUGGCCUUCCUGUGAUGGACUCUGCAGUGUUUCCAGGCAUAUUAGUAGACAUGCCGAAUGGCUAUGAGUACUCAGAAAUGAGGACUCCCUCCGCUGUUCCCCUGCGAAUGGUAUUGUUCAGUACAUCCCUCGCUGGAGAUCUCUCCGAGCUAGGAGAUGGAACAAUUGAGGUGCACGGCGGUGCAGACAUGGACUCUGACAUCCUGACUCAGCUCCUUGAGAUUGGCAAACGGGCAGUGGAAGAUGGUGUUAAGAUAUUCAUGUGCCAGAAGGUUAUCCACCCGGUCUUGCAGCAAUACCUAUGGAGUCACGGCAUCAUAGUCAUAGAGCGAGUGGGGAUUAAUCUCAUGCAGCCUCUUACGCAACUCACAGGGUCCCAACCAGUGGCAACGUUGCACACGAUAAUCCCUCCUCAAGCCUAUGGAAAGGUGGCGAUUACCACUUCUAGACAGUUUGGAUCCAAGACAAUGCUGCAUUUAUAUCCGUCGGAGGAGUCGGUGAUCUGCACCACAGUCCUCUGUCACAGGAACGAGACCAUGUUAAACGAAUUGAAGGUGGCGUGCCAGAAGACGGAGCAUGUUUUGCGCCUCGCCCUGAAGGAACCGUUUGCUUUGCUCGGAGGUGGGUGCACAGAAACCCACUUAGCUGCGUACAUCAGACAACAGUGUGACGCAGCUGGAAGUGCAUCAAUGCUCGGCUGCUCGCAGGCAGAAUACCUGCUUGGAGUGGAGGCGUUCUGCAGCUCUCUUGAUUCGGCGGCUGCAUCGCUACAACACGACAGUGAGAGUUCUCUCAUUGAUCUGACUUGCGCUCACCAUUGGACUCUCCCAGAGGACGUCGAGGUUUGCUUCAGCAGCUGUGGCUGCGGACUGAUGAAACGUGACCAAUGUCCAAUGUGGAGCCACUUGAACACUAAAUACCCAGUGUUCUCCCCGGGGUCACCGUCUGGAGGUGAUAAGGUGAAGCCAUGCGUGCUCGACUCUUUCACAGCAAAGCUCAACGCUUUACAAGUUGCGGUAGAAACCGCAAAUGUUGCCCUCGAUGUGCGAUAUGUAAUACAAGAUAAGAACUAACUCUAAAAGGGCAAGAGCGGUUUGCGACAAGCAUAUUGUGGUGAUAUUAUGAGUUUUUCUACAUUUAAUACAGUUCCUUGUGGUCUACAUCACAUGCAAUGGUGGUGCUUUAGUCCAAAUGUUGCAUAGAUUAUGUUUUGCGGACCAUUUUCAAGGCGCUUUACAAGUUGCGGUAGAAACCGCAAAUGUUGCCCUCGAUGUGCGAUAUAUAAUACAAGAUAUGUGUAGGGAUGAUGUUCAAAACCGAUUCUCUCAAUUGUUCGAUAAGAAAAGAACCGAUUCCAUGGAUUUAAAUCCCUAUUCGAGAACCGGUUCCCGUUAUCGAAGCCACUAUACCAGGGGUAGGGAACCUAUGGCUCUCGAGCCAGAUGUGGCUCUUUUGAUGACUGCAUCUGGCUCACAGAUAAAUCUUAGCUGACAUUGCUUAACAUGAUAAGUAAUGAAUAAUUCCGCUAGCAAUCACAGUGUUAGAAAUAACGUUCAAAAUAUAAAACAUUAUCAUACAUUUUAAUUCAUCCAUCUGUUUUCUACCGCACCUGUUCAAAAACUCGCAUUAAUGGUAAGAAGUAUUUUAUUCAUCAUCGGUGAGCUUCCGAAUAACAAUGUUUUUAAAAAGAAUAACAGGCUUGUGAUUUUUCCGUUUAAAGUCGGAAUUCCGUCUUUUUUAAUCUCGGGGGGGGGGAAAAAUGUGUCUUUUGUAAUGGAGUCGUAGCUUAUAUUAUGCCGUAGUUGAUUGGUCGAUAUGUUCCUUGUGACCAAUCAGGACAUCUGUUAUGAAUGAUGACGUUGUCACCGCCAUUUUCCAAAUGUAAACAACAAAAAGGACGCUUCACGAGUAAAAUAAAUUGAUAAACAUGUCAAAAAUAAGUUUUGAUAGGACUGGAUGGAAAGGGAAAUCACUGAUACUGUUGGGAAGAAGGAAGUUACGACUUUGUUCGUUGAUUUUAUUCGGAAAAUCGAUCUUCCUGGAAAAGUUUUGUGCACGUGGUGUCAUGAUAUUAUUGACUAUGGAUCACAAGGUUUCAAGGCUUUGGAAGUACAUGCGAAACCCCAAAAACAUAUGAAACAACUUGAAGCAAGGAAAACAAACUUUUCACUAGCUGGUACUUUUGGAUGUCAACCAAAAGUGAGCAAACCUUACGGACUUCAUCCUCUGUUUACAUCGACAACUGCCGUAGACAUCGAGAGGAAAGAUCCACCCAAACAACCCACUUCAGUUGCAGACAGGGUAGUUAAUAAUGAGGUAAGCUAAAAAAUAUUUGCUUGCGAAAUACGUAUGUUUGUUUUAAAUAUUAACCAAUUAUUGCUUUGCGAAAUAUAAAUGGGUUUUUCUAAAAAUAAAAAGCCUCGUGAAAAUAUAUUAUGAAAUUACAGAAAUUCAAAGAGUUGCAUAAUUGAUUCCAGUUAACAAUUUAUUUGAAAUAAAUUUGCAUAUAAUACUAUUUUGUAAUAUUAAGUUAUUAUGUAGUAUCUUGAAACAAUAGUCAGUGGUGUAACAAUCUUGAAGGUAAAUAUUUUCACACUUGUUUCAUGCAAUAUGUCAGUGUCCUCACAUUAUUGUUAUUUCCUAUUUUCGAAUAUGAGUAAACAAUACUAAACUGUGUUUUAUUAUUUUCAUAAAUUUACAUCGUAUUUUGACGAAAAGAAUGAAAUGUUUACAUUUGGUAUUUUGUUAUGUCAGCCCUUUGAGACACUUGUGAUUUAGGGCUAUAUAAAUAAACAGAUUGUUAUGUUUAUAACUAAACUUGUAGGCAAUAAGACAUAUACAUUAUAACUGUGAUAUGGUAUUAGUGGUUAUGUAUUUUACAAUUAAUGCUACUUUUUGAUAGCAUAUAUCAUGUAAUAGUCUUAACUUUAAAAUAUAUUUUGUAUAAUAAUAAAUCUUGGCAAACCUGUUACACCACUGAUCAUUUUUUUUACCCCAUAUAUACAAUAUCUGACUAAUAGAAAUGAUAGAAUGAUUUCAAAUAAGUUCAAAAAUGAUGUUUUCAUGUAUUUAAACACUAAAAUAUUUUCUUCAAAUGGUGCUGUCUUUGUUAAUUUUACCAUGUUAAAUUGGUGAAAAACCAGGAGCUUCGGGGGGCGUUGCCCCCCUUGUCCCCCAGACCCCCGGAAAUUGUUUCAGUCUUUUUCAUUGUGGUCAAAUCACAUGCCUGGAAUAAGAGACUUAUGUGAAGAUCUGUCACUUUUUUACUGAUUGUGUUUCUUUGUUUUGUAUUUACUUUUCAUUAGUGCUCUUAUUUUGUUUCCAUAUCCUUCUUGUCCUGCUGAGUGCUGUGUUUUUUUCCCUCACCUGCUGUUGAUUGGUAGCCGGUCCACACCUGCUGCCAAUCAGCAUGUUUCUAUUUAUGCUCGGCUCGCGCGCUCUUCAGGGCUCGAAGAUUGACUAUUGUUUAGAACUGUACAUGCAAGACUACUUCAUUCUCCUCUAUUGAUAAUAUUAAAAGCAUUUUACCUGCUUUUCGCUCUCCUGGUUCCUGCAUCUUGGGGUCGCUACCACUGCUGCCAUGCGAGUUUGUGACAUAUUGCCCUCUAUAAAUGUUGGUCUUAAAAAUGCGGAAAUUUUGUUGUACUCAGUGUUAAAAAAUAUUAUAUGGCUCUCACGGAAAUACAUUUAAAAAUCCGUCCAUCCAUCUUCUUCUGCUUAUCCGAGGUCGGGUGGCAGGAGCAGCAGCCUAAGCAGGGAAGCCCAGACUUUCCUCUCCCCAGCCACUUCGUCUAGCUCUUCCCGGGGGAUCCCGAGGCGUUUCCAGGCCAGCCGGAAGACAUAGUCUUCCCAACGUGUCCUGGGUCUUCCCCGUGGCCUCCUACAAGUUGGACGUGCCCUAAACACCUCCCUAAGGAGGUGUUCGGGUGGCAUCCUGACCAGAUGCCCGAACCACCUCAUCUGGCUCCUCUCAAUGUGGAGGAGCAGCGGCUUUACUUUGAGUUCCUCCUGGAUGGCAGAGCUUCUCACCCUAUCUCUAAUGGAGAGCCCCGCCACACGGCGGAGGAAACUAAUUUUGGCCGCUUGUACCCGUGAUCUUAUCCUUUCGGUCAUGACCCAAAGCUCAUAACCAUAGGUGAGGAUGGGAACGUAGAUCGGCCGGUAAAUUGAGAACUUUGCCAUCCGGCUAGGCUCCUUCUUCACCACAAUGGAUCGAUACAACGUCCGCAUUACUGAAGACACCGCACCGAUCCGCCUGUCGAUCUCACGAUCAACUCUUCCCCAACUCGUGAACAAGACUCCUAGGUACUUGAACUCCUCCACUUGGGGCAGGGUCUCCUCCCCAACCCGGAGAUGGCCCUCUACCCAUUUUCCAUUUUAAAAUAUUUGGCUUAAAUGGCUCUCUCAGCCAAAAAGGUUCCUGACCCCUGCACUUUACCGUAUUUUCGCGACCAUAGGGCGCAACGUGUUACGGGUGCUAUUUCUGUAUUUAAAGGCCUACUGAAAUUAGAUUUUCUUAUGUAAACAGGGAUAGCCGGUCCAUUCUAUGUAUCAUACUUGAUCAUUUCGCGAUAUUGCCAUAAUUUUGCUGAAAGGAUUUAGUAGAGAACAUCCACGAUAAAGUUCGCAACUUUUAUUCGCUAAUAAAAAAGCCUUGCCUGUACCGGAAGUCGCAGACGAUGACGUCACGUUUGAUGGCUCCUCACAUCUUCACAUUGGUUUUAAUGGGAGCCUCCAACAAAAAGUGCUAUUCGGACCGAGAAAAUGACAAUUUCCCCAUUAAUUUGAGCGAGGAUGAAAGAUUUGUGUUUGAGGAUAUUGAUAGUGACAGACAAGAAAAAAAAAAGUAUCAAAAAAAAUUGUUGCUAGUGUUUUAGUGAGUUUAAUAUUACCUGAUAGUUGGAAGGGUGUCUCCACGGGUGUCUUUACGCGCAGUGUCUCAGGGGAGUCGACGGCAGCUAUGGACGGCACAAGCUCAGCUUUUCUCCGAUAAGAACUGACUUUUUAACCACAAUUUUCUCACCGAAACCUGCUGGGUGACAUUUGGUAGGGAUCCAUGUUGGCUUGACCGCGCUCUGAUCCAUAGGAAAGUUUCACCUCCAGGAAUUUUAAACAAGGAAUCACCGUGUGUUUGUGUGGCUAAAGGCUAAAGCUUCCCAACUCCAUCUUUCUACUUUGACUUCUCGAAUAUUAAUUGAACAAAUUGCAAAAGAUUCAGCAACACAGAUGUCCAAAAUACUUCAAAUUAUGCCGUUAAAGCAAACGACUUUUAGCUGUGUGUGUGUGCAGCGCUCAUACUUCCUAAAAACCUGUGACGUUUGGCGUACACGUAGUCAUUACACGACGUUUUGAAGACGAAACUCCCGGGAAAUUUAAAAUUGUAAUUUAGUAAACUAAAAAGGCCGCUUUGGCAUGUGUUGCAAUGUUAAUAUUUCAUUAUUGAUAUAUAAACUAUCAGACUAUGUGGUGGGUAGUAGUGGGUUUCAGUAGGCCUUUAACGCAUCAAUAAGGCCCAACGUAUUUUUGGGCGCAGGCAUGGUAAAACAUACGCUAGCAUGCAUGAACGCUGUUUUAAAAAGGCAGCAUGAGCAAAGCUGAGUUAGGUUGUACUUUAUUGAAGUAUUUAUCAAUGUACUCACACUAUUUUUUGAUCAAUCCUCAUUCACAAAUCCUUCAAAGUCCUCAUCUUCUGUGUCCGAAAUGGACAGCUGGGCAAGUUCUCCUUCAAACACACCAGAUUCCCUCUCCUCAUUUUCAAAUUCAGUCUUGUUGUCCAUUAUCCUAGCAAGCUAGCACAACAGUAAAAGCCGACUUCUCUUGCCCUUUUGUGCCCAUCGAUUCUCUACCAUGCUCGACCCCUUCUGGAUGUCGAAAGUGAGCGGCACCUCGUCCAUGUUGGUGAUGUGUUUGUCGGCAAUUUUUUAAAUUUACAACACACAUAACAGCACUAUAUGCCCACAGGGGGUGUGCCUUUAGCGUCCUCUCUCACCUGAAACCUUCACCUUAUAACGGCCGCAUGCUGUCCUCAGUCACGUCUGCUUUUCCUCCAUAUAAGCAGCCUGCUUAUGGCUUUUGGAACUCAGUGCACACAAAACAACCUAUCUGGAUUUGAUAAAAGAUUGGAUAAGGACUCUGUUCAAUAAGAGGAUUCGAUAAUGGGCUCAAACUCGAUAAAUUCUUAACGAACAUCAUCCCUAGAUAUGAACUAACUCAAAAGGGCAAGAGCGGUUUGUGACAAGUAUAUUGUGGUGGUGAUAUGAGUUUUUCGACAUCUAAAACAGUUCAUUGUGGUCUACAUAACAUGCAAUGGUGGUGCUUUUGUCCAAAUGUUGCAUGGAUAAUGUUUUACAGAACAUUUUCAAGGCGCUUUACAAGUUGCGUCAUUUUGUAGGUGUUUUUUUUUGCGUGCGGAUGCCCUUCUCAAAGCCAAGCCCGCUUUGAUUGCGUCUCCAUCACGUCAGCCAUGUUGUAUUUUUUUGUCGCUUUCAUAAUCGAGUCUACCGACAGAAAAAAAGUAAAACUAUAUGCUGCUUUUUAUUUGAAAUGUUGACGGCAGAGCAUUAUACCAUGCAUGUGCAUGUAUGAGCCAGUCUGCCCCACAACAAGAGGAUAGAGGAAAACAAGGAACUUUAAUGGCUGCAACUUUGGAAUAUAACUGAAUAAAAAAUGCAGACUCUCGCAAAGCUCAAAAAGUUUUGUCUAUGCUUACAUAUGGUAGGAUACAACAUAACAUGAAUUCAGUCCUGCACAUGUCUCACAUUUUUAUUGAGGAGUUUGCAACAUUAAUACACACUUCUAAAAAUAUGACUCCCUUUGGAACUCCCUUAGUAACGUUGAUCCCACCCAGUUUAGUGAUGUUAAGAAAUGGCAGUGGCAUGGCCACCGUACUUGCUCUACCUUGCAGGUUAAAAAUAAAAGUGUAAAUUAGCAAUUAGCAGUGCUAUACUAUAUAGAGUAUCACAGUAUUGCUCGAUAAAAAAGGUACCCGUUGGAUCGGUUUAAUUUAAAGCACAAUUUUAUACAGGUUGAGAUCCCUCUUCCGUCUGUCUCACCACUAGUUUUGUGGUUCUUGGCCAGCAAAAAUGUUCAAGACCCCUCCGGUAAAUUAUACAUUUGGUUCUCAAACUUUUUCUACCAGGCUCUUUUUUUGUGGAUACAUUUUUGAGCCACUACUUAGCUACUCAACAUGCAUGCAUA